AUGGCUCCUUUAUACCAACAAAACACAAACCUCCAACUUCCAACGACAUUCACACAGAGGUUGAAAGGUAUAAACGAUGGUGGAGAAUAUGGCCAUUUAUUACCAGUCCAUCAAACUUACUACUCCAGAGUCAGUAAACAACACCAUCAGAAACGAGCUAAACAAGUUGUAUUCAAGGAAGACGCUAUCAACGAAGAGGAGGAGGAUGUCUUGAUGAAUAACCAAUACGGACAAGAUCCAAACAAUCACGAUGCAUGGUACGUCAACUGUGAUGCCGUGUGUGGGUUACAAAUUGCCUCAAACUUGCUCAUUCCUAAAUACUACCCUGAUUUCAAACUUGAUUUAGUCAUUAUUGGUCCAAAUGAAGGACUCAAACAUGCAGGACGUGUCACAUCAAUGAUUCGUCAAGUGCAGGAAGAUGCAAAAGUAGACGUCAUGGCUAUCUCCAAUCAAGACUACCAUCCACUUUACUUCCAAAACGAAAAGUAUUUCAAAACGUCAUUCCAUGACCUUGACCUGCAAUUGUCCAAACUGAAUGUGUUUACAAAGAAUAUCAAAUUGAUCAAUAGACACGUGGGCAAAUUGGUUCAUAAACUAGCACAAUUGAAUGCACACACCAGGACAACUGCAUCUUCUACAACACGUGUUGGUUUGCAUUUACAAUUCCCUAGUUUAAAUUUCCGGAAUUCUUAUUGUCAAACAGGCAAAUCAACAGAGUUGGAAUAUCAGGUAAUGAUGCCCAUGCGCGACAAUACACAGCAUCAAGAUCGCCAGAGUGAUGUGACUGUGUUUGAGUACGAAAUGGACUUGGAUGGAAGACUCAUCAAACUGGCACGAGACGACGAGGAAAGUUCAAGAGACUAUGCUAGCUUUAAACUCAAGAAUGAUACUGAUGGUGACGAUUUUCUGGAUAACAACGAGCAUGAUCAACAAAAGAGCAACCACAAACUUGGUGUUGAAGGUAGUGUUGAUCCUGAUGACACGUUGCAAAGCACGGAUUACAUAUUACUGAACUGCAACGUUGCUGUCACCUCUGUUAGUCACAUAAAUGCUAGAAAGUUGAAACAACUUUUUUAA